UUCAAUUGCUUUGUUUGUAGAAAAAGGUUUAUAUACUUGUCAGACGGUAUUGAAUAAUCAUGCUCAGAUUCAGUGUAAAUUAUUAAUUGAUAACAACUGUACCUGUGGAAAUAACAUUUGAAAGGAGUAAUGGAGCAAGGAGUUUGUUAUACAUAUAAAGCUGCAGCCUAUCCACGGUACAGAUUUUACCAACAACAUCUACAAAGACUGUGUAACAGAUGGCAAAAUAUCCUAGAUGCUGGGAGUUUACCAGAUUGUGUAUCACGGGGUAGAAUCAGGUUAAAGGAAAUACUAUCACUAUCUAAACAGAUUGAGGACACAGUCACUGUCAAUGUGUAUGCUGACCAUGACUUUCUCGAGACUAGCAAGCUACUAUUACAAUGUGACCAGAAAGUUAGUGGUCAGGUGGGGUCAGUAUCCUGGAAGAGUUUUAUGGAAGGGUCAGUGAAGAGCAGUGAGAUCACAGUAACAGUGAUAGUGCUACGGUCAAAGGAAGAAAAUGCAAUCAGUAAUCUGAAAAAACAGCUUUCUGGAGUGUCGAAAGAGGAGAUUCGCAAAGUAAUUAUUCACUUUGUUGACACUCAGACCAGCAUACCAUACAACAAUGUUGUUGAUAAGAAAUUACAUCAACCAGAUGUAGUAGACUCAGUCACUGAUAAAACUAGGGUACUUUCCUUACCUCUGAACCAACAAAUUCAGCACCUGUUAGAAGAAAGCGUGAUAUUUGUUUUAGAGCGUAUAGCAGAGUAUAACAAAGAGUUUAUCUUGAAAAAACAAGAGCACCAAGCCAGUGACGCAUUAGAAAAUGCCAUCUUCACAGGACUGAUGAAAAGUAUGCGAAACACGUUUGUAGUCAAAGACCUAUCACCAGAUGAGAAUGAUAAACCUGAUGAAGGUUUGAAAAAAGCAACAGACAAGCAGUUAUCAAGACUUGCCUCGGGGAUUGGCAGCAACUGGGAGUUGUUAGGACCGUCGUUAGGGGUGACGGCUAUGGAGCUGGAUCACAUUAAAUCAGAACAUAAAACUGUAGCACAGCAGUGCUAUCACAUGUUGAUCUUAUGGCGACAAAAAGAGGGGUCAUCACUAACAUAUAUAUUACAGCUUCUGAAAAACCUUUCAAAAGUAAUUGCAGUGGAUAUGAACGUUGUUAAAGAGAUUGAAGCAGACAAGCCAGUUCCAUCAACAGCUUCAGAUAAAGACAAGAUUUUCCACAAAAAGCUGCUAGAUUUUGUAUCGAAGAAAACAAAAUGUGUUGUUUGUGAUAACUUCUUUGAAAAGGAACCACUAACUUAA